AUGCCAGGAGAAACUAUUGCCGUAGCAAGCGUGUUUGUACUACUCUUUGCUCUGUGCUUUGGGUGGAUCCUCGUCCGAUCGUUUAAGAAUUUUCAGCAUGAAGCAGAACUCAAUGUACCGUUAAUUGAAUCCAAGGAUCGGCGUUUAGAUGCAGCAAUAAGAGAUGCAGAAGAAGGAUUUCAUGUAUGCGCAUUCUGUGGCUUUGAAAACUUUAAACGUUUUCGUUUUUGUACAGUUUGUGGCGAAUGGAUCGUUGAGAGAAAAGAUAGUGACGAGGAACAGAACGAUGGGCACGCAAAGGGAAAGACUCAUGCUAUCAAGGUGUCGCUCUUGUUGAUUUUUAGGCGAAUAUCUCGAGUAGACGAGACAUUGUCAGCUCCCGUUGCAAGAUCUUCGACGCUGACCACUCGUCGUCGACUACGGGCAUUGAGACGCAAAGAGUGGAGACGCAAAUUAGAUGUCGAAGGACGUGCGUAUUGGUUUCGAGACAGCCGCUUUGGAAAGGCCCACGUAAUCUCGACUGCAUUUGUGGUUGCGUUCGAGCUGGUAGGCACUAGACCUAUUGUGCUUUGCAAGUCCGUUGGGUCUCAAACACAACCUAGCGUUCGUGUGAUACAUACAUCAGACAAUGAUCAUUCUUUGCCAUCGUCUUCUUCCAAUCACACGGAAGUACCGACAGGAACAGUAUCUCCCGUCGUAUCUAUCUCAACUCAGAAUGUUGCUGAUGCUCCGAGAAGCCCGAGGGCUGCUGAGCUGAUCUUUGAGCAAGAACACAGUGUGGGGAACACAAAUCACACAAUUGGUUGCGCAAGAACAGGGGCUACUCUUGGACCAGUUGAAAGGCGCAUGGAAAAUUUGGAAAGAUUUGUGCAGGAAAAGCGACCGGUGCUGUUAUUUGUGUCUGAUACUCGUGUGGAUGCCUCAAAGCUUUCGAUCGGCGUACAUUCCUUUUCAUCUGAUACCGCUCAAGAUGCACCGGGUGCAGUAGCUUCGGCAUCAGUGAUCGCGUCAAUGACUGACGCCGCCAAAGAUUUUCCGUCAAAGUAUGCACAUUUUGUUAUGAAGGCUGCAAAGCUGUUAGUUCCUGCCGAAAAAGAGCAUCUGCGACUUAAUAUCGUGCGUGCCAGCGUGUUCAGCGACUCGAUGGAAUGUCUCGCAGUCAUCCCACUCCGAAAUUUGCAUUCUCCAAUACGUAUAAACUUUCUUGAUGAGCACGGUGUCGAUGCGGGAGGCCUUCAACGCGAGUGGUUUGUUAUGCUCAAUGAGGCACUUUUGAAUCCACAUCAUGGACUUUUUGUUUGUACCGACAAGAGCGAACAGACAUAUUAUCUAAACCCCUGUCCGAAUGCGGAUAUUCUACCUCGUCAGCUUCUCUAUCUUCUAGCGGCUGGUCGUUUGCUCGGUCGGGCACUGCUGGAGCGAUCGAUGGUGUGCUUUCAUUUAGCACCACCUUUGCUGAAACUUAUGCUAGGCUACCCAUUGUGUUUUUCGGAUUUGGAGGACGUGGACCCUGUAGUGUACAACAAUCUUCGCUGGCUGUUGGCUAAUGACGACGCGGACAUGUUAGGACUUGAUUUCACUGUAAGUAUCAAAGAUGGCGACCGGUACCAUGAUGUUGAGCUCGUACCAGGUGGCAAAGAUAUUGCUGUCACGGAUAGCAAUAAGAUUGAGUACGUAGAGCGCAGGUGGCAGUAUGUAUUGAUAGAGAGCGUAUCCCCACAGCUCCAAAUCUUCCUCCGUGGUUUGUAUGAGAUCAUUCCUCGCAAUUUGCUACUGCUUUUUGAUCCAGUCGAAUUUGAUUUCUUGCUUUGUGGCUCUGAAGAGAUCGAUGUGGAAGACUGGAAGUGCAACACUACGCAUUCUGGGGUAUCACGCCACCACCGAGUUUUCAAAUGGUUCUGGGGGCUUGUUCACGAGAUGCCGAAUGAAUACCGUCGUCGCUUGCUGCAGUUCGCGACUGGAUCGUUGCGUGUACCUUUGAGUGGCUUUAGUGCGUUGACCAGCUACGACGGUCGUUUGUGCCCAUUUACGCUGAAUGCGGUGGCAGGCGACGGCUUCAUUCACAGCCACGCUUGCUUUAACUGCUUAGACUUGCCACUUCAUGCUGCUCGUGACGAGUUCAAGGCGAUGCUGUACGCGAUACUAGAAACAGAGGCUUACGGUUUUACGAUGGCCUGA